AGCAAAGGGCAAAGUAUGACAUUACCAUUCUGCAAAGUAACCAAAGUAAUUUCUGAUUCACAGGGCUUUAAAAAGAAAGCAGAAGAGAAGAAGAAGAGCAACCUUGAGCUUUUCAAGGAAGAGUUAAAGCAGAUACAGGAGGAGCGGGAGGAAAGAUACAAAAGGAAAAAAUUAACGAAUGAGCCAGGUGGUUAUGGAGACAUAGAUACACUGCAGUCUCGACGGUCAUUGUUUGAUGACGAUACAGGGGCACCACAGACCACUAAUUUGUACAUAGGAUGCAUUAACCCAAAGAUGAAUGAAGAGAUGCUUUGCAAGGAAUUUGGCAAGUACGGUCCUUUAGCCAGCGUAAAGAUAAUGUGGCCACGAACUGACGAGGAAAGAACAAGGGUUACUAACCGGGGAUUUGUAGCUUUCAUGAACCGCAAAGAUGCAGAAAGAGCAUUACAGGCACUUGAUGGUAAAACAGUAAUGGGCUUUGAAAUGAAGUUGGGUUGGGGAAAAGCGGUGCGUAUUCCUCCACAACCGCUGUACACUCCCAUCGGCGUGCUUAAAAUGACCACACCACCUCCUCCGUCUGGUUUGCCUUUCAAUGCCCAGCCACGAGAGAGGUUUAGAAACCAAGACUUCUCAAAGCCCUUUAACAGAUCCAAGGAAGAAUUUGAAAAGACUCUGUCCGAAGCCGUAGUCAAAGUGGUUAUCCCAACAGAAAGGAACCUUUUAGGCCUUAUCCACAGAAUGAUAGAAUUUGUGGUGCGUGAAGGACCCAUGUUUGAAGCCAUUAUUAUGAACAGGGAGAAAAGUAAUCCUGAAUUCAGAUUCCUGUUUGAAAACAAGAGUCAAGAACACGUGUAUUACCGGUGGAAACUUUACUCAAUUCUCCAGGGAGACCCCCCAAAUGAGUGGAGGACGGCGGACUUUCGAAUGUUUCGAGGGGGUUCAUUGUGGCGACCACCACUGUUAAAACCUUAUCUCCAUGGAGAUGAGGAUGAGAGAGAAGAGCCUUCUUCACCUUCUCAGGAGGAGGAGAUAAAGAAGGGACAGCUGAAAGCAGAACACAGAGACAGGCUUGAAAAUACCUUGAGAGGUCUGGUGGCUCGCAAGGAGGACAUUGGCAAUGCCAUGGUCUUCUGUCUGGAGAGGGCAGAAGCAGCAGAGGAGGUGGUGGGGUGUAUCGCAGAGUCCCUGUCCAUCUUGCAGACCCCUCUGCAAAAGAAGAUUGCGAGAUUAUAUUUGGUUUCAGAUAUUUUAUAUAACUCCUGUGCCAAAGUUGCCAAUGCAUCAUACUACAGAAAAUACUUUGAAGCAAAACUUCCCCAGAUAUUUGGUGAUAUUGGUGAAGCGUACAGAAACAUACAAGCCAGACUUCAAGCUGAACAGUUCAAGCAAAAGAUAAUGUCUUGCUUCAGAGCUUGGGAAGACUGGGCCAUCUAUCCUGAAUCAUAUCUGAUUCAUUUGCAGAAUAUUUUCCUUGGCUUGGUGAAGCCAGGAGAAGAAGUGUUGGACAGGUCUGAGUCCCCAGACCUCGAUGGUGCACCUCUUGAAGACGUAGAUGGGGUUCCCCUGGAGAAUGUGGAUGGGUCACCCAUGCCCAACCUGCCAUGGGACCCGGCUUCACUGGAUGGGACUCCAGUUGAUGAUAUUGAUGGGGUACCGCUGGCUCCAUCAGUAGAUGACAUCGAUGGAAUGCCUUUACAAGAAUCGUCAGUUUCGGAAAAAGAGAAAAAACUGCCUCAUGCCAGACUGACUCUGUCAAAGUGGGAACUUGUUGAAGACACAGAGGUUAUCCCUCAGGUAAACACUGAAUCAAAAUGGGAUAAUCUUGAGGAUCAAAAUUCAGACGAAGAUGCGAUUGUUGGCCAGGACACGAAGGAAGCUGCUGAGGAUUCGGAGGAAGACAGCAGUGAUAUGGACUCCUCCAGUCCCUCCAAGUAUGAUGCAGCUGACUUAAAGACAUCCCUGAGCAGUUUUGACAUAUCGGAGGGAAAGAGAGCUAAACUACGGGAGUUAGAGUUAAAAGUCAUGAAAUUCCAAGAUGAACUUGAAUCUGGGCACAGGCCUAAGAAGUCAGGCAUGACGGUUCAGCAACAAGUGGAGCAUUACAGAAAUAAACUCAUACAGAAGGAGUGUGAAAAAGAUGAGCAGGAAAGAAGAGAAAAAGGUAUGCAAAAAACAAAAGAGAGAAACAAGAAAGAGGAAAAGAAGGACAAAGCAGAAGAAAGGACUAAAUCGAAGGAUAAAGACAAAAAGAGGAGUAAGGAAAUGGUUCAAGACCGGGAAAAGAACAGAGGGAGAAGUGAGGAUGAGGAGAAAAACAGGGAUCGCACCGACAGAUACCGAGGAGGCAGCUACUCAUCCCCUUCAAAAGCGAAAUCGAAGUCCCCUAAGAAAUCCAAGAGAUCGCGGUCACCGUCACCCAGCCGAAGGUCGUGGAGGUCAAGUUCCAGGUCGCCUCACCGCUCCCACAAAAAGUCCAAGAAGAGUAAACACUGACCCCAGAGGCAGUAAACUGGUGUACAUAAACUGCUCCUUCCACUUCUUUUACUGACUGGAACAUGACAUGGUUUUCUAAUGUACAUGUACAAUCUGUUUCUGUUCUCCAAGACUUUUGUUCCACCUGUGCUUUAACUGAUUAAGUAAAGGUUUGGUACAUUUUGUAAAUGAGUUUUGUAAAGUUUUUGUUUGUAUGUUUCCUUUUAUGCUUAGUUUGGUUCUUCCCUUUUUUAUUCAGCUUCAGUGUUUGUGGUUUUUUUAUCCCUUUUCAAAUCUUGCUGGCUAUUGCAAGAAUUCCGAUAUGUCUGUAAAACUUUACAAUAAAUGACUCUCGUGAUGUCAAAUG